AUGGCGCAACCCGAUUUCCACACGGUUCAUGACAUCAUUACUCAAGCUGUCAACCGCUAUCCAUCACACGAGCUUGCUUUCAUCACCUCCUCCGCACAUGACUCUUCCAUUCAAAAAAAGACUUUCAGCGCAUUCAACCAAUAUGUUCGCAACCUCGCACGCGCCAUGCUCGAGUGGGGCAAGCCCACUGGUUCAAUUAUCGUUGUGUACCUGACCGAACACGAAGAGAAUAUGGCUACAAUCUGGGCUUGUCUAAUGGCUGGCUAUGUUCCCUGCUUGCAGCCAGCACUUAGUGCACAACAAGCACAUAAGGAGGCACACGUUGCCCAUAUCAAGAACCUGUUUGGGUCUGCAAUUUGGCUCACCAGCGAGCUUGGUGCUGAGCAGAUCAGCACCAUUGAUGAUCUGGAAGUCCACUUGUUCUCUGACUUGAAAUUCUCUGCAGAGAGUUUCACUGUCCCAGCUGACUGGCUUGCAUACGAGCCCAAGCCCGAUGAUACCGCCAUGCUCUUCCUGACUUCAGGCUCGACUGGGUUCUCAAAGGCGGUAGUGCACACGCACCGUACCAUUCUUGCUGCUUGCCGUGCCAAGGAACAACGCUUCGGUCCCCCUUCUGAGUCUCGAGUCUUGAACUGGGUCGGAUUUGAUCACGUCGCGGGGACUAUAGAAAUGCACGUCACACCUCUCCUAUAUGGUGCUUCGCAAGUCCACGUCCAUGCAUCUGUUAUUCUGUCCGAUUCUGUUCGCAUGCUUCGUCUGAUCGACGAAAAUUCCAUUGGUCUAGCUUUCGCACCAAACUUUCUGCUGGCCAAGCUUGCUCGUGAUCUCGAAAAGCGUACCGACCUUCAUGGAUCUUUCGACCUGUCCUCUGUCAAGCGCAUCAUCAGCGGAGGUGAAGCAGUGGUUUCGAAGACCGCAAAAAACCUCGCUGCUAUCUUAAAAAAGCUUAGCAAGAACCCCUCCGCAGUGUCCUUCAUCAUCUCUGCUGGAUUUGGAAUGACAGAAACUUGCGGUGGAUGCAUAUAUGACCCAGUCGAUAUUCUUGCAACUGAACCUGCCCGCGAGUUCCUUGAUCUCGGACGUCCCAUUAAAGGUUGCGAGAUGCGCAUCGUUGACCCUGUCGACGGCACCACUCCGCGCCCAGAUGGUGAGAGCGGUGAGCUUCAGGUCCGCGGACCGAUGGUCUUUGUAGGCUACUACAAAAACCCCGAGGCUACGUCUUCCAGCUUUGUCGAGGGUGGCUGGUACCGCACUGGCGAUGUAGGCAUCAUCGAAGGUGGCGUCAUGCGCCUUAUUGGUCGUAUCAAGGACACCGUCAUCAUUCAUGGUGUCACGUAUGGUAUCCCCGAGCUUGAAACUCAUCUCCAGACUUUGGAAGGCGUCACGCACUCUUUCCUCGCUGCUGCUCCUUACCGUGUUCCCGGCCAGGAGACCGAAGGGUUCGUCAUUUUCUACUCGCCAUCUUUCGACCUCAAUGAAGCAGACGCGCCCAUGAAGCUCUUUGCUACGAACCGCGCCUUACGUGAUAUCUCUGUCAAGAUGAUCACCCAGCCACCCCAAUUGAUCAUUCCCAUCCCCGUGAAGGAGAUGGAGAAGUCAACUCUAGGGAAACUCUCCCGGGCGCGCCUCCUCAUCCUCCUUCAAAAAGGUGGGCUGGCGAAGCAUAUCGCCCGCUCUGAUGAGCUUCUUAGUGAGGCACGCGGCGCCUCCUUCGUGGCCCCCUCCACCAAAACGGAAAAGGCUCUUGCCAAUAUAUUUGCAGGUAUUCUGAACCUUGCAGAAAACGAAGUGUCUGCGAGUGACAACUUCUUUGAAUUCGGCGGUACAUCUAUUGGUGUUCUCAGGCUCAAGCGUGAGGGGGAGGCAUACUUUGGCCUGCCUGAAAUUCCUGCCAUUCAAAUUCUGAAGCACCCCGAUGUCUCGAGCCUGGCCAGCUACGUCGACUCCUUGCUCUCCAAGGAUAGUCAGGCUGAGGAAUACGACCCCGCCGUUCCCCUCCAAGUGACUGGAGACAAGACGCCCAUCUUCUUCGUGCACCCUGGUGUCGGAGAGGUUCUUGUUUUCCUAAAUCUCGCCAAGUACUUCCAGAAUGACCGUCCCUUCUAUGGACUCCGUGCUCGUGGCUUUGAGCCUGGACAGCCCUUCUUCACGUCCAUGGACGAAAUGGUUUCCUCUUAUACCGCAGGUAUCAGGAGAAUACAGCCAAAGGGACCAUACGCCCUCGCCGGCUACUGCUACGGUGGAUUGAUGGCCUUUGAGGUGGUUAAGCGCCUAGAGGCCAUGGGCGAAGAAGUCAGGUUCCUCGGCCUCGUCAACAUUCCUCCCUACAUCGCGCAACACAUGCACAAUAUCGACCUGAUAUGUACGCUUAACGUGGCGUUCUUCCUGGGUCUUCUGUCGAAGCAAGAUUCUGAAAAUAUGGCGCCCACUUUUAGACCGCUCACACAGAAGGAGAGGCUUGAGAUCGUGUGGAAGAUGUCGCCUCCUGAACGUCUCGCCGAACUCCAGCUGACACCUGAAACUCUUGCACAUUGGGUAGAAGUCUCUGCGUCUCUCAUGCGCUGUGGAAAGGGAUACAGCCCGGAGGGCACAGCUCCUGCCAUCGAUGUUUUCUAUGCCGUCCCCCCUCGCGGUCCGGAUGACAAAGUUAACUGGCUCAAUGAGCUCAAGCCAUGGACUGGCUUCAGCCGCAGUGACCCAACAUUUACAGACGUUCCUGGGGAACACAACACACUCAUGGACAUUGAUCACGCCUCGCAGUUCCAGAAACUCUUCCGUGAUCGUCUGGAGGCUCGUGGGGUGUAA